AUGCAUUUCACGACGACCUCCCUCUCGCUGCUAGGCGCCAUGCUAGCCAUGGCCCCUUCCGCCAGCGCUCACAUGAUCAUGGCAAAGCCCGUUCCUUACGGCUCGCCGAACAACUCCCCGCUGAGCCCUUCCGGAUCUGACUAUCCUUGCAAGAUCAACGGUGGCUCCGGCAGCUACGAUAUCACGACCAUGAAUGAUUUCAAGGUCGGCGAAAACCAGACCCUCUCAUUCACUGGUACGGCGGUCCACGGCGGUGGAUCGUGCCAGCUCGCCGUCACUCUCGACAAGGAGCCUACCAAGGACUCCAAGUUCAAAGUCAUUCACUCCAUUGAGGGUGGUUGCCCUGGAGUUGGUGGGCCAGCAACCUUCAAUUUUGGCGUCCCUCAGGAACUGCCGAAUGGACAAGCUACCUUCGCUUGGACUUGGUUUAACAAGAUCGGCAAUCGGGAGAUGUACAUGAACUGUGCUCCUAUUACCGUCUCUGGUGGCUCUGACGACUCUUCCGCCUUCGAUCAGCUCCCCGAUAUGGCCCUCGCCAACAUCGCGGUCGGCACUGGCGCGUCCUGCAAAACCGCUGAGUCUAGCGACUACAGCUUUGAAAACCCCGGCGCCAGCGUCGAGAGGGUCGGCGCUGGUCCUUUCGUACCGCUUUGCGGUGGUGCCGCCUCCCCAGGUGGUGGUGGCGGCGGUUCUGGUGCUGCUCCUAGUGGAGGUGCUAGCCAGGCCCCGAACAACGGUCAAUACACCCCGCCCGCCGGUACACAGGCUCCUGCCGCUCCAACGCAGGCACCCGCCGUCUCGUCACAGGCUCCGGGUGGUGGGUCAGAUGGUGCUGCCGUGACUUCGACCGUCCGCACCCUGAUCACUGUCACCGCUCCCGGUGGCAUGCCCCCGGCAACCGCAACCGCUGGCGUUUCCUCGCAGGCCCCCGUUGCUACUCCGUCCCCGUCGGCUCAGCUUUCUCAGGCGCCCGCUCCGUCUGCCCAACCCUCCGCGGCUCCGGGUGCCGGUGCUGGUGGUAACACGACAUGCACCACCGACGGCGAAAUCCUCUGCAACGGUGAGACGCAGUUCGGUAUUUGCAAUCACGGCUCUGUCGUCUGGCAGGCCGUCGCUGCUGGUACAAAGUGCCAGGGCGGCAAGAUUGCUCGACGUGGAUUCUUAGUGUUUACUACUAAGCUUUCUUAUUACUACCUAGCCUCUAGUAUAUUUAGGGGCCCGGAGGAGUCACCUAAAUAG